AUGAUGCGAUUGGUAAUUGCAUCAUUUUUUAUACAACUCUACAAUUUUUUCGGUACAAUAGCAGCCCCGAGUGAUCAUAAUGCGAUAACGGAUUCUAAUGUGGAGCCUUCAGUGAAUAACGACAAUUUUAUAUUCAAUCUGGCAAUUUCCUGUAUUUUUGGUGUUAAAUCGGUCUCGACUGUUCUGUACACGAGUAAUAUUCCUAAUGGCAAAAUUGUUCAAGUAAACGAAUCUUGUAAUCUUAUCGAUCCCUCGAAACCAGUUUUCUUCAUGACUCAUGGUUUUCUUGCCAAUUCACUCAAUUAUAAUUUUCCUAAUUUUGCCUCUCUAUUGUCCAAGAAGGAUUAUACAGUGUUUUCAUUAGAUUGGUCUAACGCAGCAUGCUAUAAUCGUGUAACAGCCACUAUGAAUCUACUAGAGUAUCCUCUUGCAGUACGUAACACUCCUGAAGUUGGUACCUAUUUGGCGAGCUACGUCAAAUCAUUGAUUGAUACGUGCGAUGUUCCGUUGAAAAACAUUACAUUUAUGGGUCAUAGCCUCGGUGCGCAUGUAAGUGCCUUCGCCGCGAAGGAUCUCCAGAAAUCAGGUUACGGCAAAAUUCCGCUUCUCAUCACUACCGAUCCCGCAUAUCCCUUAUUUAUGUUUAGUAAUUGCGAGGGCAGACUUUGCAAGAAGGAUGCGGAACGUGUAGUAGUUUUUCAUACGUCGGCUGCCGGAAUACAAAAGUCUAUAGGUCAUCUCGAUUUGUGGUUCAAUAACGGAUUAAGCCAACCAGCAUGUGGUGGCUGGUUCUUCGGUACUAUAAACCUCAAUUGUUCGCAUAAUAUAGCCAUCGCGUAUUUAUGUAAUACGUUGCUUCAUGAUUGUAAAUAUACUGGUGUUGCUGUUUCUAUAUCACCCAGAACAAUCCCGUUUCUCAAUAUUCUGCCCGGUUGUUCUUCCGACGAAACUGAUUGCAUUGUCGUGGAUCAUAGGAUAUUCGACCGUAAUUAUGCCAUAGAGGGAGACUAUUGUGUUUCUAUUACAUCAGAAUUUCCCUACUGUACAAAGAAUCUAUCUGUCUGUCGAAAAUAAGUUGAGGCGAAUUCGACACUUUAAUUUGAUUAUAAUGGAAAUGAAGUUCUACAAUUGUCACUCUCAUAAUAAGUGUGAUAAUAG